AUGUCCUGGAUAUUCGGUAAACCACAACAAUCAUCAUCAACUGAUGACUCACUUAAAGAGAAAUUGGGAUUCGAUCCAAAAGAAGUCUCCGAUGUCCAAACCAUCAUAUCAACACCUGGCUCAAUCAACACCGGCAAUAACGACACAUCCAAUAGCUCCUCCUCCUCCUCAUACGCAGCUUUACUCCAUCCAUUGGCUGGAUUAGACAAGGGAAUCGAAUACUUGGAUCUCGAAGAAGAAAAAUUAAACCAAGUUGAAGGAUCACAAGGUUUAAUUCCUAGUAGAUCAUGGACUGAUGAUUUAUGUUAUGGAACUGGUGCCGUAUACCUUAUUGGAUUAGGACUUGGUGGAUUGUCAGGUUUCCAACAUGGUUUAAAAACAUUACCAGCAAACUCACCAGGAAAAGUUCAAUUGAACCACAUUUUGAACAAUAUUACCAAGAGGGGACCAUUUUUGGGCAACAAUGCUGGUGUUUUGGCCUUGACUUAUAAUCUUAUUGAUUCUAGUUUGGAUGGUGUAAGGGGUAAACAUGAUGACGUGAAUUCAGUGGUGGCGGGUGCAUUGGCUGGUGCGUUGUUUAGAAGUAGUAGGGGUUUGAAACCUAUGGCUUAUUCGAGUGUGUUGAUGGCUGGUGCUGCUGGAUUAUGGUGUGGUAUUAAGCACAGCUUAAAGUAG